CUUCGUUAGAGUCCAAGAUACCGAAAGCAUCGAGCAUCAUGGUAUGUAGCUCAUUCGCUUCCAGUUCCAGGUCAUCAAUUGACAUCUAUGACAGCCUCUCUUGCCUACCUCCACCAUGAUACCCCAGACUCUGCAGCAGGCGAUGGUAGCCACGGUUGGCAGCUCAGAUAGCGGAGCUCUUUUUAUCUACUCGCCUGGAAAUCUGAGCAAGCCAGUCGAGAUAUCGUAUGCAAGACUGCUGCACCAAGCGCGGCAGGCAGGCUCGGCUCUCCAGUUCAAACCGGGGUCUAUUGUUCUUCUCCAUUUCGACAACCACGGAGACCGGGUGCUGUGGCUCUGGGCGUCCCUCUUUGCUGGCUACCUUCCUGUGAUGUCUACUCCAUUCCCCGACAAUUCCAAUCGUCGACUGGCCCAUUUGGAGCAUUUGGCUCAACUUUUCAAUAAGCCAGCGUGUCUCACCACUGCCCACCUUCUCCCGGCAUUCGCUGGUCAAGAUGGGAUUGUGCCGACAUGUGUGGACAAAACCCUUCUGGAGGACGAGCAGGUAAACUCUGUGGAGGAUAGGAUUCGGCCUGCAGCCCUCAUGUCGGACGCGGAUGAGCCCGCCGUGCUGAUGCUCACAUCUGGCAGUUCAGGAAGCUGCAAAGCGGUUGCCUUGACCCAUCGUCAGAUCACCGCGGCCGUCACUGGUAAACAUAGCGUCAUGCCUAUUCCUCCUGCCACGACAUUCAUGAGCUGGGUUGGGCUGGACCACGUGGCUGGUCUGGUUGAGAUCCACCUUCAAGCGAUCUUCACCGGCCGCAGUCAAGUACUCGUUGAGGCACCCGAUGUGCUAAUGGAUCCCGGACUCCUGCUUACCCUGGUGGAACGACAUCGCGUUGCUUGGACGUUUGCUCCUAACUUCUUCCUUGCGCGCAUGCAUGCUACGCUUCAGCAGCAAGAGCAGAAGGAGGAAGAAGGUGCCGGUCGCAACUGGGAUCUUAGCUGCCUAACGUACCUCACCUCGGGAGGGGAGGCCAACACCGCACACAUGUGUGAGGAAGUCUCAAUCUUGCUCGCUGGUUAUGGAGCUUCCAAGAACGUCAUUGUGCCUGGCUUCGGGAUGACGGAGACUUGUGCAGGAGCCAUAUUCAACACGCGAUUUCCAGAGUACGACAAGCUCCAUGGCUAUGCCAUUGCGUCGCUCGGGCAAUGCAUGCCCGGGAUUGAGGUCAGAGUGACUGAUGGCACAGGGUCCAACAUCCCCUUGCCAGCAGGAACAUUGGGCCAUCUGGAAGUGAGUGGGCCGGUUGUGUUCCGGAGCUACUUCAACAACAAGGAUGCCACCCAGGCAUCUUUCACAGCUGACGGAUGGUUUAUUACCGGUGACUUGGCGAUGAUUGAUGACACCGAACACGGCCAUCUCCUCCUCAAGGGUCGAGUCAAAGACGUCCUCAAUAUCAACGCAGUCAAGUACAACCCCACAGAUAUCGAGGCGGGGCUCUACGAGGCGGUACCACAACUGACGUACGGUUCUGCUUGUUGCUUCUCCUCUCUCCCUCCCAAUGAGCACACGGAGGAAAUCGUCAUUGUAUACCUACCCUCGUACGAGCGCCACGAACUGCAUGCCCAUGUUCGCACCGUGCUGGCGAUCCGCCAAGCAUGUCUCGAACGGACCGGUUCUCGACCACAGGUCCUCCCCUUGACUGGGGCCAGCGUCACAAAGUCCUCCCUUGUGUCUAAUCAAGAACCGCGGGACGUACUUGAGCGUCAAUUGCUCACCAUCUACGUUCAGUCGAUUGACCAUGCGACCGAAGUGGAGUUCGGGGUUCAGACCUCGAUUCUCGAUCUGGGAAUCACCUCCAUUGAGCUGAUCAAGCUGAAGCGGCACCUGGAACGGGACCUCACUUGCAUUCGGCCCGGUAGUAUUCCAUUGAGCAUCUUGAUGCGCAAUACCACCUACUUCACUGACCGACCGAUCUACGCGCUACGCGCCGCCGGAUUCAACGACGGCGAGGCCAUGGCUACUUCACUCGCGGGAAUGGUGCAGCGGUACCACGCCGCCAUCAAACUCCAUCAACCCCAGGGCCCCUAUGCCCUAGCCGGAUAUUCCUACGGCGGGAUGGUGGCCUUUGAGCUAGCCAAGCAGCUGGAACGUGAGGGCGAUGAAGUCAAGUUCCUGGGCUCGUUCAACUUGCCCCCUCACAUCAAAAACCGCAUGAGACAGGUGGACUGGAAGACCGCUUUGCUGGAUCUCUGCAAUUUCCUCGACCUGCUCCGAGACGAUCAACGGGCCGAUCUGGCCAGUCAGCUCCGUGAGGUCUUCGAUAAGGAUACAAUCCUCACCCAGGUGCUUGCACAGAUCAAUCGCGACCGAUUUGCCGAACUGGCUCUGUCCCCGCCAGCCCUGGCGAACUGGGCGCAAGUCGGACAGAAUCUUCACCACCUCGCGGUGGAUUAUGAGCCUACCCCCUCUGUUGCCCGUAUGGAUAUCUUCUAUUGCAACCCCAUCAAAGAAGUGGCAUCGGGGAAGCAGCAGUGGUUCGAUGAGUUUAUUAGUCUGUGGAGGGAUUUUACCCGGUCGGAGCCGCAGUUCCAUGAGGUGGAGGGCUCUCAUUAUACUAUGAUAUCUCCGGAGAAUGUGUUUGGGUUCCAGAAGACGAUGAAGGCCGCGCUGAGUGCUCGAGGUCUGUAA